GUGUUGACUAUCGCUUUUGUUUCUUCCUGGGAUUUUGGCAUUUGGCGCAAGAUUCUUGUCCGUGAGGGUGGAAGUGUGUUAUUAUUUCCAAUUAUUCGUUUGGAAUCUUUGUUUUCUAUUCAUUUUUCAAGUUCAUCCACAUUAAUUGGACUACAGUGCAUUCACUUAAGUGAAAAGAAUGGGCGAUGUCAAAAUAUGUGAUAUUACUGACGCCGUGAGGGAUGAAAUCAAGAAAUUUCGUUUCAGUAAAAACAACGACAAUGCUGCGUUAAUAUUGAAAGUUGAUCGUGAUAAGCAGAUAAUUGUUGUUGACGAAUAUCUUGAGGAUGUUUCGAUAGCCGAUCUACAAGAACUUUUACCAGGUCAUCAGCCUCGUUACAUCGUUUAUACGUAUCGUAUGGUCCAUGACGACAGUAGAGUUUCACAUCCAAUGUGCUUCAUAUUCUACACACCAAGGGAUAGCCACAUGGGUCUUCAAAUGAUGUAUGCAGGAACCAAAACAGCCAUUCAACAAGAAGUUGGAGUAACUAAAGUAUUCGAAGUACGAGAUUUAGAUGACUUCACUGAGGAUUGGCUUCGUGAAAAGCUGAAGUGAAUUUGAGUCGUGAUUACAAUACAAACGUGAAUACUCCACGAUCAUAACAGUGAAAAAAACGUUUAUUUUUAGAAUUAGUUUCCUAAAGCCAAUAGCAAAGGACACUCCAGAAUGGACUUGUCGAAGUAUUAAGAAGAAUUUUUUGCUCUCGUAUUGGGAAUAUGUUACGUUGUAUUUUGAGACAUAAAAGUUGUCUUGCAUUUUUUUUACUACAAAUAAUAAAUUUGAUAUGAAAUCAAAAUAUUUCGAAAAGAGAAAAUAAUUUUAAACGAAAGUCGACGAAAAUUCAGGGAAUUUUUAUUUAUAUAUAUAUACGUAUUUAGAGAAUAUUCUUGCCGUCAUAUUUAGGAUGUAGAAGUUCUGAGAAAAAAUAUCGUUUGUAGCAAUAUAUAAUAUGUGAUUUGAUUAUUUUAUAAAAAAAAAUAUGAAGCAUAUACUAUUUCACACCAAAAUAAAGAUACCAACAUUUAUAUUCAGUGGA